AUAAAUUGUACUCCUACAAAACUCCCGCGUUCCUGAAAUGAAACCCUAAAGUCUAAAUCCAACAAAGAACCCUAAUACAGGGAAAAUGCCUAAAUUGGAAUUAUCAGAAUCGGAAUCCGAAGAUAAAGCUUUGUCGUCGGAGGAGGAAACCGAUAAUGGAACUGCAAACGAGAAAGACACACCUUUAGAUCAGGAGAAAGUAUCUGAGUAUGAGAAGCAGAGAUUGCAGAGAAUCGAAGCCAAUAAUAGAAGAAUGGAGGCUCUGGGACUGCGCAAAAUGGCAAUUAAUCUCAUGGGAUCUGCUCCAAAAACCCAGAAGAAGAGUAACGAUAAAAAGGCCAAUAACAAAAUUGUGGAUGAAGACGAGGAGUAUAAUCCAACGCAAGAAGAUGAGGAAAUCAGCUGUUCAGAAGAUGAUGAUGAUGAUAACGAGUUUUCACCCUCGAACAAGACAAAGAUGAAGAAAAAUAGUACUACACCUAAGAAGCGAGGCCCCAAUAAUCUUGACACAGAUUUUGUGGAUGAUGAUGAUGCCUUGAUGCAAGCAAUUGCUCUAUCUUUACAAGAUACUGAAACUUCUGGAGCUCAUGUUCUGAACUCUGUACCUUCCGAAAAUGACAAAAGAAAAGAAAAUCCGUCUAUUCAGGACCGUUCACGAAAGAAGGGAAGAAAACCGCAGAUAACUAGCCGAGUCAAUAUGAAUGAAGAUGAAAUGCUUAUACACUUCUUUCAGUUCGAUGAAUCUGGGAGAGGGAGCUUCUUCCUCAGAGACGUACAGCGACUAGCAGCCACCCAUGAUUUUACAUGGUCUGAAAGGGAGAUAGCUGAUAUGAUAUAUUGCUUUGAUAGUGAUGGAGAUGGAAAGAUUAGUUUUGACGAUUUCCGAAAGAUUGUGGUUAGAUGCAACAUGUUGAAAGCUUCUGAAAAGGAUGUAACUGGUUGAAUGGCAAAGUUUUUAGGUUGAAUACAGGACCUACUAUUCCUAUGGAAAUCCAUGUUCAGGCUAAUCAAUCAUAUACUAUGUAAUUGAUUCUCUAUCCUCAAGGCCCUUCUAUAUUUACAA